CACAACUCAGGCCUUACACCUCAUUAUCAUACCUAAAGAUAUAGCCGUCAUGGCGGCGGAAAGAUUGCGUGCUCUUCGCCUGCGUUCUAUUCCUCCAACUACCCCUUCCCCAGCAUUAAACCCGCCACAAGUCACAGAAGAUCAGCAGACAAUAGGAAAAAAUACUUCCCCAAUGACCGAGGACCCUUUUGUGCCUUCUUAUGCAGACGUGCGAGUUGUCCGCGCGAUGCUAGCUCGUUUGUACCUUCCACUAGAGCUCGUGCUGGACAUCUUAGAGCGAGCCCGCUAUUGGCCAGAAGAGUCGUUUCACUCAGAGCGUGCGGUCACAGUGGAAGGGCGUUGGGGUUCAAGAGUGUACGAUGCGAAAAUAUGCGUUCUUGCUCACGUCUUCGGUGAGAACAUGAAGAAGAUGCUUGGCGGGGAGAAAGAAGAGAAUGUGAAGAUUAGAGAAGUGGAGUUCGAGAUGCAGAGUCAUGAUCAAGGCUGGACAAGUGCGGGCACAGCAGGAACUUUUAACACGUCUUCCUGGUUUGAGACUUUGAUUCUUCGGGAUGGGGCGGGAGUAGCUGGGGCCACGCCACCCGUGCCGAUGAGCAACUGCAGAUCAACUGAAUUCCAGCGUUCCUUAGAAGGAACAGGAUGGGAUAUCAUCCCACGCCCUUCCACAGUGCCAGGUGGCCCCGCGCAAGACGAUGACGGUGGACUAACGUGGUACCUUCAAGGCAACCGUGUUGCGCACCACCAUCGAACGACCUACAAGGUCGUAUGGGGGGAGUCAAGAUUCGAAGGAAAUGAAGGGGCUGGAGGAGGCGAGGGCUUCUUGGAGUCAUUGAAGGAGGGUGACUGGAUCGCUGUCAUUGCAAGGGCUAAGUACCCUGGGUGGUCGAAUGAUGCGGCAAGCGUAAAAGUUACCGUUAGAUAUGGAUUCUAAUAUUGGGAAGCCAGCAACACUCCAAACUCUGGAAUUUUGGCAAGCAGUCGGACUAUCACGGGGUAACCUAGUGGGGACGGUGACCUUUUAAUCCUGUUUCUUUAUUUCGCAUCUUAAGCCUCUCCUGGUUUCGUGCCUAUUCAUACCCUUAUUUGUAAUUUCUCAAGGCUUCCUC